ACUCGCACCCACCGACCACUCCUCGUCGUCUCCAACCUCUCCGCAAAAACCCUAACCCCACCGGAGAGCGAGCCCCCCGCCGCGGAGGAGGAGCAAGAUGUCCCGCAGCGGGCCGGUCACCCAGGACUGGGAGCCCGUGGUCGUGCGCAAGAAGCUGCCCAACGCCGCCGCCAAGAAGGACGAGAAGGCCGUCAACGCCGCCCGCCGCGCCGGCGCCGACAUCGACAUCUCCAAGAAGCAUAAUGCUGGGACAAACAAGGCUGCCAAUAGCGGCACAUCGCUCAACACAAAGAGGCUUGAUGAUGAUACAGAGAAUCUUGCUCAUGAGCGUGUGCCGUCAGACCUGAAGAAGGGCAUUAUGCAGGCAAGAAUGGACAAGAAACUCACACAGGCACAGCUUGCACAGAUGAUCAAUGAGAAGCCACAAGUCAUCCAGGAGUACGAGUCAGGCAAGGCCAUCCCGAACCAACAGAUCAUUGCCAAGCUGGAAAGGGCUCUUGGUACAAAGCUGCGAGGCAAGAAGUGAAGGCCGGCUCACAUCUGACAGGAGCUCAGGCUUUCAAGAGAGCUUGGCUGGGCAAGUUUUACCGCUAAAAUUGAUGUUGGCUAAGACCUUAUAGAGCCAGUCUACUAAAUCAUGCGACCCUAAGAAACCCUUGAACUGAUAUGUCGCUUAGGUUUGGGUGAAUGUAAUUAUAACUAGCUUCUGCGUAUCUGGGUUUCGUUUCGUCAGUGGGUUCUCAUCGAUGUGAACUGUUUCUGAAUGCCUGAACCUAUAUAAUCAGUCUUGGUUACUUCA